AUGCCCGGAAAGCAUAUCUUGAGAUCCCAACUCGGAUCGACGCUAUGUGCAUCGCGAAUCACGGUAACUCCCGCAUCCAAACGGUUUCCGGCGCAGCUAUGUAGACACACCACCUCUUCUGCCUCAACGAAAACGAAAAGCCACGAUGAUACAGGGGAUAAAGAUGAAGACAAGGAGGAGGGUGCUAUGGCACGUCGCUUGUCCCAGAUGGCAGAGGAUGCUCUGCUCGAAGGCGGGAGCUCAGCACGCCGCAACAUUGAGCAGGCGGGAUUCUCAGAGGACCUAAAGCAACAAUUGGAAGAGCGAGUGAAGGCGGCAUCUUUCAGAAGCGAAAAUCCCAUUGCCCACUCCAUCCUUGACAUGCCCGCUAGCGCAGGCCAAGGCACACGAGAGACUGCAGCAGCGCCUGCAUGGACAGGAAUUGAAAGUUUAGAAGACUCAGCACUUAGAAUGCUGGAUGACGCCAGCAAACCGAUACGAACCCCCUACCAAAUCCCCCGACCGAUCAAUCUUCAGCCUGCCCCGAAGCCGAAGCUCUCUCCCGGGGUCCGUAUCGCCAGGGCGAAGGAACGGACGUCCAACUAUGCAUUGAGUAAAGGCCCCGGCUUAACAGAAGAAGAACGCGAAGGCAUCCGCAAUGAGAUGCGCGAAAAUUUAAUGCCCGGCGCGAUGUCCAUGCCCAUAUCUGUCCAGGGCCUUUCUUCACUGGCGAACGAACGGAUAGAAGAUGCAAUACGGCGAGGGCAGUUUGAAAAGAUCCGUCGUGGGAAAGGCGUCAAUACCGAGACGGAUCAUAAUGCUAAUAGUGCUUUCAUCGACACCACGGAAUAUUUCAUGAACAAGAUUAUUCAGAAGCAAGAAAUUGUUCCACCGUGGAUCGAAAAGCAGCAGGAACUUGCUAUGGAAAUAAGCCGCUUCCGGCAGCGUCUACGGACCGAGUGGAGGAGACACGCCUCCAGACUCAUUGCUAGCCAGGGCGGGUCCUUGGAAGCCCAGAUGCAGCGAGCAAGAGCUUACGCUGCUGCCGAGGUGCGUUUAUCAGAAAAGGCGAAGCUGGAAGCCGCACUUCAAGACAGCAGUGCCACAAGCUCAGAUGAGACUGUGGUAUCGGAAAUAACAAACGAUGGCCGCAUUGUUUCGAAGGUUGAUGCUGAAUCUAAACCGAGCAACAAGAAAGAGGAACUUCCUCAUGUGCCUCCGUUGCGAGACCCACAAUACAUGGACAACGAAAGAUCUUACCAUGAGCUCGCUGUCAAACAGCUGAACAAUAUCACACGCUCCUACAAUCUUCAAGCUCCUCGCUCUGCUCAAAAGCCGUAUACAAAUCUCGACCGCGAGUUGAAAUCUUGUUUUGCGGAUGUCGCACCUCAACUGGCCGAAGAGAUUAGACGACGAGCAACAGAGCGAGCUCGUGCGCCAAGCUCGCCCGUUAGGGCCUCAGUCAGCGCAUUCGGGUCGCUUGGCCCUGGGCCUUCGGUGCGCGUGUAUGAAGAAGACAAAAAUAAAGCUUACGGCUGGAAGGAAAUGUGGCGGGAUCUCUUUUCUAAAGAGGAAAAGUGA